AUGGCGUCUGCUGAUCUGAGACAGGAGCUGAAUUGUUCCAUCUGCCUGAGCAUUUAUACAGAUCCUGUAAUCCUGAGAUGUGGCCACAACUUCUGCCGGGUCUGUAUUGAUCGUGCGCUGGAUGCACAAGAGGGGGGUGGAGGUUAUACCUGUCCUGAAUGCAGAGCAGAGUGUCAGGAGCGUCCUGCACUGAUACGGAACAAUCCUCUGUGUAACAUAGUGGGGAGUUUCUUGUCUUCUCUGCAGAACGAGACUGGGAUCUUCUGCACUUACUGUAUUCACUCUCCUGUACCUGCUGCUAAAUCCUGUUUGCAUUGUGAGGCUUUUCUGUGUGAUAAUCACCUGAGAGUACACAGCAAGUCAGCAGAACACGUCUUAUGUGAUCCCACCACUGCCCUGGGGAACAGGAAAUGCUCCGUCCAUAAGAAGAUCCUGGAGUAUUACUGCACUGAGGAUGCUGCCUGUAUCUGUGUGUCCUGCAGUUUGACAGAAGAACAUCGGGGACACCUGGUGGAGUUGCUGGAUGAGGCCUCUGAGAAGAAGAAAGAGAAGCUGAGGAAUGUUCUACAGAAACUGAACACAAAGAGAGCGGAGACUGAGAUAAGAGUGCAGAGUCUGCAGGUGCGCAGGAGAGAGUAUCAGGGAAAAGCAGCCGGUGUAACAGACACAGUCACUGCCCUGUUUAGAGACCUCAGGAGACAGCUGGAAGACCUGGAGAAGAAAGUCUUGAGUGAAAUCUACAGCCAGGCGGAAAGUAUUUCACUCUCACUCUCUGAUCUGAUCCGGCAGCUGGAAAUAAACAAAGAAAAGCUGUCCAGGAAGAUGCGUCACAUUGAGGAGCUGUGUAACAUGUCUGAUCCAGUGACUGUCUUACAGGAACCAGACACAGGGGACUUGUGUGAUACUGAGGACACAGAGAGACAUGAUAACCAGGUCCAUGGUGCAGGAGAUCUGGACGUGGGUCUCAUCUCAGGGACAACACGGAGAGGAUUAUCUGAUAUAAUAACAUGUAUAAACACUGGGAUCUAUGUGCAGGAAGCUACAGAAGGAUUGCUGGAUGUAGCCACAGCUGGUGAUAAGAUACAGAUAUCAGGUGACAGGAAAACUGCAUCAUGGUCAGAUAUAAGACAGAAUCACCCAGUAACACCAGAAAAAUUUCAGUGUCCUCAGGACUGA